CGCCCCGGACGGACCGACAUGACGCCGACGUGCCUGUGGUGCUGCCUGGCGGCGCUGGUGCUAACCUCCACCACGUCGCGCGACGAGCGCAACGGCUCCGCGGCCGCCGCGUGGUGGGGGAGGGGGGACGACCCACACGACGACGAAGGCAACGCGACGCUGCCCGUCCCGCCUCCCCCCGCGCCGCCCGUCGACGAGUGCGGCGCCGACGACUGGGACGCGGGGGCGUCGGCGGCGCUGGCGGCGCGCAAGUGGACGACAGUGCUGCCGCCCUUCAGCGCGGCGGCGGGGAGAGGCGCGAGUCGCGACUGCGUGGAGGACAGCCGCACCUUCCUGCGCGAGCUGGACAAGCUGUCGCUGUGGGCCGUCAAGAUGCACGACUCGUCGGGCAAGCUGCCCUCCGGCCUGCUGAACGGCAACGUGAACCAGUUCGGCGACUACGACCAGUGCGUGUCGGCGGUCAGCCCGGGGGCGGCGGGUAAGCGCGGGGCCGUGCGCGGCCAGUACUGCCUCGCCUACCUGCAGCUGCAGAUGGCAGAGCGCGCCGACCCGCGGCUGCACGGCCUGCACCAGCUGCUGCAGUCCCACUGGGCCUUCCGCAGCAACAUGGACGACCCGGGCCACCGGGUGCCCAGGUACUCGACCAUCCACUGGGCGCUGUGCGUGCCGCACUCCUGCUCGGCCGCCGACGUGCAGGCGUCCUUGGAGGACCUGCUGCAGAGGCACACCCGCUCCACCGGCGUCACCUUCCGCGCGAGGGUCGACCCGGAGAUGUGCCAGGUGGCGAGGGGCUGGGACCUGCCCUGGUCCAGCAUCGUCGUGGGGUUGUUGUUUGCAGCAAUUGUUGGGGUGGCUGCCGUUGCCACUAUUUGGGAAUACACUACGGAAAGACAAGAAAAUGAAGACAGGAGCACAGCGCUGGAGCUGUUCCAGUCCUUCUCCCUGAAGAGGAACCUGGAGCGACUGAUCAGCCUGGAGCAGCCGGCCAACGACAUCCACUGCCUGCACGGGAUCAGGUUCCUCAACGCCUACAUGCUGCUCAAGUCCCACAAGUCCAUGGCCGUGUUCUUCAUCCCGUACACCAACAGGACGGCCAUGGCCGAGUUCGUGGGCAAGUCGUGGACGGGGAUCGUGCGGGCGGCCAGUCUGUACACGGACCCCUUCAUCAUGAUGAGCGGGCUGCUCACGUCCUACAGCUUCUUCCGGCAGCUGCAGCGGAACAAGAGCCUCAGCGUCUACCGCCAGUACACCUCCCGCCUCUUCAGGCUCGUGCCCAACCUCGCCGCCCUCAUCCUGUUCUGCACCUUCCUGCUGCCGUGGCUCGGCUCGGGCCCGCAGUGGAACCUGGUGGUGCAGCACCACUCCGACAUCUGCAAGGCCAACUGGUGGAGGAACUUCCUCUUCAUACACAACUACUACGGUUUCGAAAACAUGUGCCUGACUCACACGCACCACUUGGGGAUAGACGCACAGCUCUUCUUCUUCUCGCCGCUGCUGGUGUUCCUGCUGUGGUGGAAGCCACAACUGGGCGUGCCCACCCUGGUAGCCCUCGCCGCCACGUCCACCGCGCUGCGCUACCAGGUGUCCUACGCCAAGCAGCUCAGCCCGUACGUCUACUUCGGAGCCUCGGUUUCGGAGCUGUUUAACACAGCUAACUUGUCGUACAUCAUUCCCCUUCACCGAGCGACCGUUUACAUCAUGGGCAUUCUUCUGGGCUACGUCCUGCAGCACGUGGGCACCGACUUCAGGAUGAAAAAGUCGCACCUGAUAUGUGGCUGGACGUUCACUGCGGCCAUGCUCUACUUCUCCCUCGUCGCCCCAUCCAAGAUGGGCGACAGGACAUACAUGUACGACCCCGUGGACGCCGCCAACUACGCAGCGUUCUCCCCGAUCGCCUGGUGCCUCGUCUUCUCCUGGGUCAUCUUCACAUCUCACACCGGGAACGGAGGUUUAAUUGGCAAGAUUUUCUCCAGUAGAGGCUUCUUGAUAUCUACACGGCUGUCGUACGCAUUUUACCUCACACAGUUUCCUGUAUUCUUUUACAACGUCGGCACAACGCGUACAGCCGAAUACUACACAAUUGGAAAAAUGUUCGAGGUGCUCGAAACAGGAGCCAUCGUGGCGGCGUCUGUGUUGCUGACUGUUCUGGUCGACAUGCCCUUCCAGAACAUCAGGAACACUCUCCUCAAGACAGACAAGUGAGCGGCUGCCGCCCGCCGAUGACGAAGAAACCACUCCACGUUGCAGCCAGCAGCCAGUAUAGUGCUGGCCAGUGGAACUGCCCCCACAGGAAGUGUUGUGCUUCUCACCAGGUGUGGAAGCAAAUCUGACACAAAGUACAAAAACAACAUGUGGGAUCUGUGAAACACAGCUAUGUGUGGACUCAAAUUUGCGUGUGUAUGUGUGUAAGCCUUAUGUUUGUUUGGUGAUGAAGAGACGAAGAUCGUACAGGCAGAGAAGACUUAAAAAUGUAAAGCACAAGAUGACGACAGAACCUGGGAAACUUGCAACUAAUGGAAUCCUCAAGGAAAAAAACAAAGCCCUUGUUGACAAGUUAUUUGUAUAGGUUUUACACAAAGAUUAUGUUUUUACAGUUGUGGCUCAUGAUGACGUGAUAUUUAAAGUAAAAUUUCAAAACACACAGGUGCAGAAACGGUAUAAAUUUUACAGUUUACAGAUAGGCAUUACUAGUGACAUCUUCCUCCGCUAUUCUUCCCAGACCGCAAUUGUUUCAGCAAACAGGGUGUCCAUAAAUAGUUGGGUGAACCAAUCACAGGACUUUUUCCUACACCUUUUAAUACAAUUUUAUUGCAACAUAUUAUAUUGCAGGUUCUAUUUUGCAUGUAAUAAGCAAACGUAGGCACAAUACAACUAAACAUUUUGUCAAUUUUUAUGUUAGAAAGAUAGAACCUUCUUGGAGAUACAUAUUUUCGACAUGAUUUAAGUGGGCAAUCUUUAAACAUUUAUAUUUGCAUUUAUAUUUGAUGUGCAAAUAAAGACAAAAAAAAUCAAAAAACAAAAUGCAAGUUAGCAAGGGCUGCUGUAAAUAAAAUUGUCUUGUAUUCCUAAAUCAUCACAGUUAGUUUGACACUAUUGUGACCUGUAGACACACUAGCAACUUAAUCUGUAAGCUCGCUGCAACAAAAAUGUUUCAUAGAUGAAUAAUUUAGGUGGACAGUAUUUGUAUGGUUGCCUACGUAAACAUUUUGUUGAAAAUAGAAAUUGCAAUCAAUUGAACGUACCAUGAUAAUGUUCCAGUGCUUUUGAACUCUUGUUUCACAGUGUCACAUAUGGUUCCUACACUCAUUAUUUUAAGUUAUGUGGCCUGUGUUUUGAUUAGUUGGCACUAAAGCUACCAGAAGCACGAGAAGGCUGGAGGUGGCAACAGGGUUACAUUACGUUACAGACCCUAUCCGGCAUCCAGUUCACAAGUGGUAAAACUGGAUGGUGGGUGUUGGUGUAUUUCAAGGAAAUAAGCAGAAUUUUACAAGGAAAGAAAAAUGUGUAGAUCGAAUAUAUUCUUUACAUUGCAACAGUGCACAGCACAUCAAAUGCUUUUAAGUUAAAAUGUAAAAUACAUUAAAUUAUUUUUGAACAUAUUUGAGUUCACGUGUUAAAACAGUCAGGAGUCUUAAACAACAUGUGUAAUUUAUACAAGCAAGCAUUAAUUUUGCUGACGUACAUCUGGCUGACAAAAUAUUUCCUAUGUACUUGGGUGAUUACCUUGCCCUUACAAAUGUUAUAUAUUAUGUGUUAUCAGCUAUAUACGAUGAUCACAAAUUUAAAUAUGUACACAUAAUUAAAAAAAUUGUAUAAAUAUGUUUAUAAAAUUACACUGUACAGGAUACUGAAAGAAAAGUGAUAAAUUUAUUGCUAUACUAUGAAAGUUUCUGUAUUGUAUGUAUGAUAUUAGGGGGAAAAAAUAAUUUGCUAUUCUGUCAGUAUUAAUUUAAUUGUUGACUAAUUUUGAUUGUAUUUUGUACAUUUUUAAGAAUACAAUAAAUGAUUAAAAA